AUGGAAACCGUCCUCGACUACGGCACCAAUACCAAGACCAGUCAGCUGACCAGUCAGCUGUAUUACAAAGAUUCGGGUGACACCGUGGGUGAUUUUAACUCCGCUGAUCCCUAUGCCGGUGGGAAUGACGGUCUCAUCAAUCGAGGAGGCUUCAUCGCCAGAAGCAAGUCGCUCACCCUAACGGGACCCCUCAUGGAAGACGUGUUCGGUUUCGACCGUCAUCUGUUGAACGGCGUGGACGUGGUGCUCAAACUGUUUCGCUCCAACACGACCUUUGUCUUGAUGUCCGACGAGACCGAUAAACAUUACACCAUCAAACUACAAGACGUGUACCUGAAAGUAUGCAAACUGAGGAUCAACGACGCUCUCAUCGUGGCCCACAACAAACAGUUCGAAAAAGCCAACGCCCUGUACCCGUACGAACGAUCCAUGAUGAAAAUGGCCUCGGUCGCCUCGUCCAGUCUGAGUUUUAACUGGGACGCCAUGUUUCAGGACGAAGUCCCCAGUCGACUCGUGGUCGCCUUGGUGAGGUCCGAUGGGGUGAACGGAUCGUACACGGUCAAUCCCUUCUGUUUCCAAGGCGACAUCGUUAAAAGCAUGGGACUGUACUUGAACGGUACCAGUGUACCUGGACGACCGUUAGAGUCGAACGACGUCGAGGCUUACGCCGGUCUGUACGACUGGAAUAACGAAUGGCGCAAAGACAAAGGUUUGAACUUGGACCACACGGAAUUUUCCGUAGGUCAUGCCUUGUACGUGUUUAACCUGCAAGACAUCCAAGGCGACAGAGGGGAAUAUCUGAAUCUGGUCAAGUCGGGUAAUCUACGACUAGAAGUCCAGUUUGCUCAAGCCCUCGCCCAUACCUUCAACGUCAUCGCCCUGGCCAAGUUUCCGGCCCUCAUCAAAAUCGACCAAAGCCGUAACGUGUUUCUAAAGUAG